GGAUAACAAUUAGGCUUUGUAUCUCGUUCAUGUAUUAUGACAUUUUCCAGAAAGCAAGCAGACAAUCUUAUUGGAAUAUACAGGACGUCUUUGCUUUCUCAGAUGAUCUAGAACCAUAUAUAUCUGUCUGUGAGCGGCGUUCACUCCUGUGCAAUGCCUGUUUUAAUGUGGAGCAAAUUUAAUGCUCUAUUUGUGUCAUCUACCCAGGAGCUAUUCAAUAGUCAUGAGGGUGUGGUGUGGGUUACCCUCUGUUUUUCCAGGAAAUAAAGAGACUGAAAGGUUUGAUUUGGGGAGUUGGUCUAAAUUUUGAAGAUUUGGACUCAUUUGAGGAGCAGGCUUUGGGUCAAAUGUUCGUGGGGUUGUUUAGGAGCAAUUAGACUGAAUUAGGACGCAACGAAUAAACCCACAAAACCCACAUUGUUUGUUUUUAGUUCCUCUAAUCUGGGUCCACCCCUCCACCCCUCCCGUGCCCAACCUCAAGCCUGUAUGUGUGCUUGUAAAUGAUUUGAGCUUUGACGGAGGGGCUUCAGCCUUAAUGACCGGAGCAUAAUCCCCCCACAACUGUCCCAACAUCUGACAUCGCCGUGGAUUUGCUCGGGUUUGCCUAAUCCACAGAGGAAGCAGCCAGAGAAGCUCAGAGUAAUUCUGGGUUGGCCGGGUCACAGAAUUGGAAGUAUGGCAGUAGUAUGAGCGCUACUACUGCUGCGUUAGACGUGUUAAAAACUCACAUAUAACACACCAACGAGAAGCCAACGACUUGCUGCCACGUCGUAUCUUCACCAUUUUGUUUUGUGUUUUGUUCAUCCGGGUCGAAUGCCAAUUUGUUUGCCCAUGUAGGGCAGGACACUAUGUAGGGCGCAUCCAUACGCUGCCUGUCUAUUGUACUGAAAAAACAUCUACCAUCAGAAAGCAGGAGCUGAAAAAGACACCCUUAGGCAAACGACUGGAAAGACAGCGAUGAAGCGAUGACGCAUUGGCCAAUGGUGGUACUCUGCUGUCACCGUGCCUCAUUGGGUCGCUCUGAACACCCCUCAGGAGGGGGCACCCCAAUGCCCGGGCACCCAUAACACCCCUGACCCGCUUUUGAGAUUUACAACAUUGUCCAAAGCUGAGGUUCGCACCCCGAUAUCACCGUGAUCUCACCGCGCUCACCGAUCUUUUUACCUUUUUUUUAUUCGUCAAAAAGUCACGUGUUGUGACAUCCAGCUCACAUGACCGAGCCACCCGGCCAAUCGGAUGUGAGUGUUCGAUCCGAGUUGAGUGAAAGGAUAGGGAAAAAUCAUUUCCCUGCUUGUCGUUCUCUUUUUUUUUUAAUAAUCUUCUCGAUCUUCUCGCAAACGCUGAAAGUGGUGGCCAUCUGUUUGCAGUAGCAUCAAAGGUGUGUUUGACUGGUGGCCCCUCAGCUCCUAAACUCUCCUGAAGAUCCUGGUUAAAUCUCAGACCUGAUCCCACAUCUUCACUCCUGCUAUGGAACCAACCAAAGUCCAGUCUGAGGGGGGACUCAACGUCACUCUUACCAUCCGGCUCCUCAUGCACGGCAAGGAGGUCGGUAGCAUAAUUGGAAAGAAAGGGGAAACAGUGAAGAAGAUGCGUGAGGAGAGUAGUGCUCGUAUAAACAUUUCAGAAGGAAACUGUCCAGAGAGGAUAGUCACCAUCACAGGGCCUACAGACGCCAUUUUUAAAGCGUUUGCCAUGAUUGCGUACAAGUUUGAAGAGGACAUUAUUAACUCUAUGAGCAACAGCCAGGCUACCAGUAAGCCUCCAGUAACCCUGCGCCUGGUGGUACCAGCCAGCCAGUGCGGCUCUCUGAUUGGGAAAGGAGGCUCUAAAAUCAAGGAGAUGAGGGAGUCUACAGGAGCUCAGGUGCAGGUAGCCGGGGACAUGCUGCCCAACUCCACCGAGCGCGCCGUCACCAUCUCCGGUACUCCGGACGCCAUCAUCCAGUGUGUGAAGCAGAUCUGCGUGGUGAUGCUGGAGUCUCCACCCAAAGGUGCUACGAUCCCCUACCGGCCCAAGCCUGCCGCUGCUCCAGUCAUCUUCUCUGGGGCUCAGGUGAGAGCGGACCCACUGGCAGCUCCAUCCACAGCCAACCUCAGCCUGCUGCUCCAGCACCAGCCUCUACCUACCUACACCAUUCAGGGACAGUACGCCAUCCCUCAUCCUGACCAGUUGACCAAGCUCCAUCAGCUGGCUAUGCAGCAAACCCCCUUUACCUCCCUUGGGCAGACCACCCCCGCUUUCCCUGGUGUGGAUGCCAGUUCACAGGCCAGUACUCAUGAGCUCACCAUUCCAAAUGAUCUAAUAGGCUGCAUAAUUGGACGGCAGGGCACCAAAAUCAAUGAGAUUCGUCAGAUGUCUGGGGCUCAGAUCAAAAUCGCUAACGCCAUGGAGGGGUCAUCAGACCGUCAGAUUACCAUCACGGGUACACCUGCCAACAUCAGCCUGGCACAGUAUCUCAUUAAUGCCAGGUUCCGAGAUGUGGCAGCCAUGUGGACCGACCCUUCUACUAUGACGACCUCUUGAAGCCCCAUGAUCUUCUCAUCGCAAACGUGACGAAAUGGUCCUGAUAUUCUUAAUUUACUUUUUAUUUUUUAACUUCAUAAGCUUUCAUACCAACCUGGACAGUAACUUGGGAGAUGAUGUCUGCCUCUGAGGAAGAUCGAAUGGAAUGAAAUGAGAAAAUCUUCAAUCUUUACACGAUUUCUUUCAUUAAAAAGAGAAACGGACUUGUCAUAACGACGUUGACUGUGCUAGUGCUACUUACGUUCGACUAUGUCUAUGGCUACGUAGCCAACUGUUUAGUUCUUAUUCUAAUGUAAUUUAACAAGCAAUCGUUGAGUAUUUAGGUCAUAUGUAAUGAAUGGUAAUGGAAUCGUGUCUGUGUAAAAGCAUAUGUUAUAUUUUCAUGUCGAUUUAACUUAUAGUUAUAUGCAUAGGGUUUUAGCACAGAAACUUAGCAUGCUGAAUGUCUAGAAUAUCAGUUGUGCUCUUAUUUCACUUCUGCUUUUGUUGUGAAAAUACAUAAAUGCAUAAAGUUUAUUCAAGCAAUCAUACAUGUGAUGCAAGCAAUAAAUCUUAAACAUGUAUCUGUUGAAAUGAAUAACGUAAAUGUUUGUUUUAGCUUAUGUGUAAAAGAAUGCAGAAAAAAAUACAGAAAAAGAAAAAAAUCAUGGUUUGUAAAUAUAAAAGACAGGGUUUCUGAUAUUACAAUUUUUUUCUUGGUGAUUCAUGAUUGUUUAGAGCAGCAUAUACUUGACUUUUACUACAGUCUGCAUCAUAUUGCAUCAUAAUGUAUAAACAAUAACUUAUAGCUUAUCUGAUGAGAGGAGCUACAGUUUGGAAAGAUCUUCUGUAGCAGUCUUUAUUAAACAUUUCUUGAGAAAAAAAAAAAACAAGAAGAAAGUUCUAUGGAGUGAAUUUUUUGCCAAAAGUUUUAUGCAAAAUAAAACAAAAUCAGCAAUCAAAAAUGUAAGAAUCAAAAGGAAAAAGUGUACUGUAUGUUAAAGAAUUAUAGCAAAUAUAUAUUAACCCUUUUAGACCAUCAGAAUAGACC